AAGCUCAAUCCUUCAAAAACACUGUGAGUCUCCGUCCUCGCUGCUCAAUUUUUCUUCUAUGCUGCAGAAUCACAACCAGAGCAACGACUGGAUGCGUUUGAUACUAGUUUCAACCCGUUUGGUGGAUGGAUUCGUAUCUUACAAGUCGGAUGACGCUGCCAAAUUUUUAUUUUGCUCCUGGACACUUUUGGUUCUCAAGCUAACAUCCAACUUGUAGACCGCCAUGGCCGUCAAGAUCCCCAUUGUCAAGAAGCACACCAAGCCUUUCAAGCGUCACCAGUCAGAUCGUUACCACGGUGUGAAGGAGGCAUGGCGGAAACCCAAGGGUAUUGAUAACAGGGUGCGACGUCGCUUCAAGGGUCAGACUCCCAUGCCCAAGAUUGGAUACGGCAGCAACAAGAAGACUCGCCAUCUCCUUCCCAAUGGCCUCAAAAAAUUCCUCGUCAACAACGUCCGGGAACUCGAGAUCCUCUUGAUGCACAACAAAAGCUACGCUGCCGAGAUUGCGCACAACGUGAGCAGCCGGAACCGCACAACGAUUUUGGAGAGGGCCAAGGCUCUGGGAGUCAAGGUGACGAACCCUGCUGCCCGUCUGCGGUCGGAGGAGUAGAGCUACUGUCGUUGUCGUCGUUUUGCACCAUUCAUAUUCCAUGUAUUCUUCCAAUCUUCCGACAUGCAGCAAUAAUGACCAUGCGACUAUGCACCUCUAUUGAUAGUAGUGACC